AUGUCUUUUACUAGGCGCUUAGUGCGGUGCGUCUCUUUGUUGCUGAGUCAUUAUUUUGAUGACUCAGCCGGUACCGCGAUCUUGGCGUUUGCGGUGCUCAUAGAUAGAGAACAAGAACAACAAGAAUCCAUACCUCAACUUUCGUACCUUCCGUUUUGCAUUAAACCAACCUUAUGUGUACGUAAAAUAAGGCCGAUCGACACUGAUCAGUAG